UUCUGCAUCUUUUUAAAUGCUCAGUGGAUACCUGGUAUCACAAACUAGGCAGGAAAGACUAGGGAAGCUGAUGAAGCAUGGUGACAAACCAUGGGCGACAGAUCAUCUCUUGUCUUUCUGUCUCUCCGGCCCUCCUCUCCAGUCCAAACAGGGUUGGGCCAAACAGCAGGUGGUGCAGAAGAGAAGCCCGGAUAUGGGAUUUACACAUUUGUGGAUCUCAGAUAUCUGCAAAGGACAAGCAUGGAGGAGCAACGAAUCCCAAAUUUUAAAAACUCAGGUGUCACAGCAAUAGCGUCUCUGGCCGUGGCUUGCUGAAUAAAGAUGCACAUGGAAUUGGACAGACAAAUCAGAUGAUUCACAAGAGGAGAAAGAAGUCCACCCUCUGAUCUCAGGACCACUGUUUGUGAUGAUGUGAGUCAUCGGCGUGCAAAUCCAAAGACGGUUUUAAGACAUGGAGGCACUUCAGUUUUGUGUUAUGAAUCUAUUGGUAAAUGAACCUUGAUGUCAACAUGAGGUCAAAGCAAGGGUAACCAUUUUGUUCCACUCACUUGCAUAGAUGAUUCACCCUUCAAAGAGACAUCACUGGGAACUAGCAGAGUUUAAUGAUGUAGCAGCUACAGGUGACUCAAAUGUGGCCUAUGAUUCAAGACAGUCCAACCACAGUCAGUAUGGAAGUGCAGACAACGUCUCUGGUCUGGAUAUAUGUCAACGGUACAGAACAACUGAACACUUCAGAUGAGUACAACACAACAGAUUUGAGUGAAAACUCAGACAAGUACCAAUCUUACAUCAUUGGUCUCUUCCUGUCCUGUCUGUACACCAUCCUACUCUUUCCUAUUGGAUUUAUUGGUAACAUCCUAAUUCUGGUGGUGAACCUGAACCACAGAGAGAAGAUGACCAUUCCUGACCUUUACUUUGUUAACCUGGCUGUAGCUGACCUCAUCCUGGUGGCAGAUUCCCUCAUCGAGGUCUUCAAUCUGAAUGAGAAGUAUUAUGACUACGCUGUCCUCUGCACCUUCAUGUCCCUUUUCCUGCAGGUUAACAUGUACAGCAGCAUAUUCUUUCUAACAUGGAUGAGCAUUGACCGAUACAUUGCCUUGGCUAGCUCCAUAAGCAGCAGCCCGUUGAGGACUAUGCAGCAUGCCAAGCUCAGCUGUGGCCUCAUCUGGAUGGCUUCCAUCCUGGCCACCCUUCUACCCUUCACCAUUGUGCAGACCCAGCACAGGGGUGAGGUGCACUUCUGCUUCGCCAAUGUCUUUGAGAUUCAGUGGCUGGAGGUUACCAUUGGCUUUUUGGUGCCUUUCUCCAUCAUUGGUCUAUGCUACUCUCUAAUUGGGCGAAUCCUCAUGAGGGCCCAGAAGCACCGCGGAUUGCGGCCACGGCGGCAGAAGGCCCUGCUCAUGAUCGUAGUGGUGGUUCUGGUGUUCUUCAUCUGCUGGCUGCCAGAGAACGUCUUCAUCAGCAUUCAACUGCUGCAGGGCACAGCUGACCCUUCGCAGAGGACUGCUACCACCCUGUGGCAUGACUACCCACUCACAGGACACAUUGUUAACCUGGCAGCUUUCUCCAACAGCUGCCUCAAUCCUAUUAUCUACAGCUUUCUAGGAGAAACCUUCAGGGACAAGCUGCGUCUUUUCAUUAAGCAGAAGGCCAGCUGGUCAGUAGUGAACCGCUUCUGCCAACACGGCCUCGAUUUACACCUCCCUGUCAGGAGGGAAGUGUCCGUGGUGUGACUGUUAAGAAGAGGAACAAAUGUUGUGAAUCUGAGUCCACAAAAUAUGCUAAAAAUUCUUCACCCAGUGUGAAAUAUGACCUCAGCUUUCUUUAUCUGUUAUUUAGCUUUGCCCCAUAGUUGUACCAGUGUCUCAGUUAACCUGCUCACUUUUUGAACAAAAACACAAAAGCACCAAGUAUGUACACUCAAAGGAUGAAACUGACUUGAUAAGUGAAUCCCUUUAAGAUAACAAUGCACAUACAUUACUAAAGCUAUAAUCAUGAUCAUCUGGAUGUUGGAUUGUUUGCUUUAAGUCUUUUUGGUGUGUUUUUUCUUCAAAAAGUUAGUUGGAUGGCAAGACAGUCAACAGUUAACAAAAUGUGAGAAGCAAAACGUCAGCUUCUACCCUUUAAGCAUACAGCCAGUGGGCAAAGAUAACUAAUAAAUGAAAGAGUGCCAGAGGAGACCAGCCAUUGUGGAAUGAAACAUUUAAUGUUAUGUGAGCUAUGAUGCAAAUCUUCCAGAACAUUUUCUGGGUAUGUGGGAUUACCCGUAGAAAAAGGCUGCCUUACAGCAUGCAUAGAAGACACAAUGCAUCACCUUAGAUCUAAUCAGGCUAUCCAUUUUAGAUGCAAAGAAUUGGUCAUUUCGGUUCAAAUCUACUGUACUUUUAACUGUAUUAUGUAAAAAGGAAAACACGCAUUUAUCAAGAAACUACCACAUACCUACCAUCCACAUCAAACCAUGAUGUCAUGAUAACCCAUGACAAAAUGACUGCUGUCAAUUUUCAAGUAGAAAUUCAACAUUAAACAAGGUAUUAACUGUCCAGGACAUCACAGUAGGGGACACAACACAUAGCAGUGACUGUCGCUGUUAAUAUUACUGUACCCCUUCUUUUGUGCAUUCCAGCUAACAUUUUUUUUCCUACUGUUGAAAAAUAAAUUGUUUUAU